UCUCUCUCUCUCUCUCUCUCUCACCUUCCAUGGCAAGGUCUCUCUCCCAAACCCUCACCCUCACCCGCCGCCACCUCACCCCCAAAACGCCGUCGUCUUCCUCCUCGCGAUUCAUCGCCCUCCGCGCCCAAUCCAGCCUCCCCUUCCACCAUGACCAGACCGAUCCCGCCGCCUCCGACUCCUCCCCCGCCGUCGAUCCCCUCCUCCGCAAGCUCGAGGACGCCAUCCACCUCAUCAUCGUCCGCAAAUCCGCCCCCGAUUGGCUCCCCUUCGUCCCCGGCGCCUCCUACUGGGUCCCCCCGCCGCGUUCUAGAUCCCACGGCCUCGCUCAGCUCGUCGAGAAGCUCGCCAAUCCCUUGACCGAGGAGGAGUCCAUGUCUACCACCACCGUCCGCGGCUGGCCUUCUUCCGCUUAUUUCACUCAAGGUUCGGCUCCUCCGGUGAUGGAGGCCUUUAUUCCGAAACCUACUAGCGUGGAGCCGAAGGCUGAGAAUGUGGAGCAAAGGUUGGAUAGUGGCGAUCAUAAGUCGGAUAAUGUACCCGAGUCUGAGGAGGAAGAAGGAUGAGCCCUACGGUUUCUAUUAAGUGGCGUCUGAGGAUCAAAGAUGUAUUAAUGAAAGGCAUUUUGUCAAGGUGAAGAGCUGUGUACAGAUGCAACCGGGUUAGUUGAGAUAAAGUAGCUUCUAUCCCAAAGUUCAGUACCCAAAAUGAGCCAUUGUAAUUAUUUCCUUUUACGUAUGUAAAUAGAAGAAAUCAAUAACUCUAUCAAGUGUACGUUAUUUGUACUGACCUCCCCCUGUACAUUAUGUUGUCGGAAUUAUCAUCUAC